CACGCUCAAAUCCUACGCCAGCUCGGGAGGUGGUGUACGCACAUUUUGAGUUAGUGCAGAAAUGCGCAAACACUUCCUAACACCACAAAACGCACUGACAAACUAAAAUAUAUGAUAUAUUAUGACUCAUUGUAAAAAAAAAACAGUUAUUAUAAACUUCAGUGUUUAUUUUUAUGCAACAUGGACUUCAAUUUUUAUUUUUUAAGACUUUACCAAAGCAUUUGAUUUGUAUGCAUAUGUAGUCCUUCAGCUGCGAGCCUGUGCGCUUUACCUGACGUUUGAGAGAUAGGUGCGCACGGACUGGGUUCAGUAAUGAAAGGCUUUCAAUGACCAAAAAAUAAUCCCGACUGAAGAAAUAAUAAAAACUACGUUCUUCUUCUUUUAAAUAAUAAUAAUAAUAAUAAUACAAAUAAUAAUUAAUGACAUUCUUCUAAAUAACAAUAAGCGUCAUUAAUAUUAAAAAACAUAAGAAUACUAAUGAUAACAUUACAAAUUGUCAUGCAAUUAUUAAUUUGAAUUAAUGGUACUCCACAUCACAUCAUCAUCACUACACCCUAAUAGAUGUGACUUGAUACGAAAUUAAGUGCUAAUUGUUUCAAAACACGUGCUGUAAAGUAAUGCAUUGUGAUAGGGCAUUUGCUCAUUAAAACAGCUAUUUAAACUGGAUUUCCACCGUACACCAGUUCGCAAUGAAAGCUGACCUGGCGCUUUUAGAAGACGCAUAUGCGCCCUUGAGAAGGGAACGAGUUUUCAGGGAUAGGCGCGAUCUUCUGCAUGAAUCAGAUGAAUGGCUGAUGAACAGAUUCCGUCUUCCAAGGCAUCUUCUCCUGGAGCUCUGCAAUAACCUGGAGCCCUACCUUCAACGUGAAACCAGGCGGUCAAGGGCCUUACCUGUUCCAGUCCAGGUUCUCUCCACACUGGGGUUCUUGGCCACUGGAACAUUUCAACGGGAGAUUGCAGACAGGUCUGGCAUAUCCCAACCCACCAUGAGCCGCACGCUGUCAUCCGUGCUGGCUGCCAUCAGGACACUCAUCCCACAUUACAUACAAUUCCCUUAUGACAAUGCCCAGCAAACAAUGAUUAAAAGGGGGUUUUAUGAGAUUGCUGGGAUUCCAAAUGUCAUAGGUGCAAUUGACUGUACCCACGUGCAUCUGAAACCACCAUCGGUUAAUGAUUACGCAUACAUCAACCGCAAAAAUUAUCAUUCAGUCAAUGUGCAAAUAAUUUGUGAUGCCAGACUCUGCAUAUUAAAUGUUGUGGCACGAUGGCCUGGAGGCACCCACGAUGCCUACAUUUUUGAGCACAGCAGCGUGCGCAGACGACUGCAGGAGGACGCAUUAAGGGGUAUUGGUUAUCUUUUGGGUGACAGGGGUUAUCCCCUUUUGAACUUUUUGAUCACCCCUGUGCCAAACCCCGAGACGCAUCAGGAGCGCAACUUCAAUCACGCGCAUGCACGAACACGAGCCACUGUGGAGCGCUGCGUGGGGCUUUUAAAAGGUAGAUGGCUCUGCCUGGCACACGCGGGGGGCACGUUGCUCUAUUCACCACAAAAGGUGUGUAACAUAAUUUUGGCAUGUGCCGUCUUGCACAACAUGGCCGAGAUGAAUCGUGUGCCAUUUGACGUGCUGGCCCCGGACCCAGAAGUGCCAGUGGAGCAGUGGGCAGCACCACCAGCUAUAGGAGCUGUUCAGCUCAGACAAGACCUUGUUCGGCGGUUUUAAGGGACCUCAUCCGUCAGGACCCUUGGCCGUGGCGCACGGGAGGCUGGUGGACGAGCCUCGGCUUCCCUCGCUUGGACCUGCUGCUCAGGCUCUGGGUGCGGCGCAAGGAUCGGUUCAGGCUCCUGGAUGGGCUGAGUGGGAGAUGCUUCGAACGCGCUGGGACCUGCAGUGUCCUCAUCUGCAAAACAACACAGCAAAAUUUAAAUAAAACGAGUUAACUAUG